AUGGACGGAGAUAUUUACAGAGCAAGUAACAGUUUACGUGCGAGAAGUUCAACAGCUUGGAGGAACAGUGGUGUGGAGGCAUUUUCAAGGUCUUCUCGUGAAGAGGAUGACGAAGAAGCUCUCAAAUGGGCUGCUCUUGAGAAGCUCCCUACCUACAACCGUCUCAGGAAAGGCUUGCUGACAGCAUCCCAUGGAGUUGCCAACGAAAUCGACGUCGCUGAUCUUGGCUUCCAAGAGAGACAGAAACUUCUCGAGAGGUUGGUCAAGGUGGCUGAAGAGGACAAUGAGAGGUUCUUGUUGAAGCUCAAGAAGCGUAUUGACAGAGUUGGACUCGAUAUUCCAACAAUUGAAGUUCGAUAUGAGCACCUCAAGAUUGAGGCAGAGGCUUUUGUGGGAAGCAGAGCUUUGCCUUCUUUCAUCAACUCUGUUACUAAUGUCAUAGAGGGAUUUUUUAACAUGCUCCAUAUUAUCCCAAGCAAAAAGAAACACGUUACCAUUCUUAAAGAUGUAAGUGGAAUUGUCAAACCUCGCAGGAUGACACUGCUUUUGGGUCCUCCAAGUUCAGGAAAGACCACACUUCUUUUGGCCUUGUCAGGAAAGCUUGAUAAAAGUCUUAAGGUAUCUGGAAAAGUGACUUACAAUGGGCAUGAAUUGAAUGAGUUUGUACCCCAGAGAACUGCUGCUUACAUCAGCCAGCAUGAUGUUCAUAUUGGAGAAAUGACUGUGAGGGAAACCUUGGCUUUCUCUGCAAGGUGCCAAGGGGUUGGAUCACGUUAUGAAAUGCUAUCUGAGUUGUCUAGAAGAGAGAAAGCUGCAAAUAUCAAGCCUGACCCAGAUCUUGAUGUGUACAUGAAGGCAACCGCAACUCCAGGCCAGGAGUCAAGCAUAGUGACAGAUUAUACAAUGAAGAUUCUGGGGUUGGAUAUUUGUGCUGACACUAUGGUGGGGGAUGAAAUGUUGCGUGGGAUCUCUGGAGGACAAAGGAAGCGUGUUACUACAGGAGAGAUGUUGGUUGGACCAGCAAAUGCUUUAUUCAUGGAUGAAAUCUCCACAGGGUUGGACAGUUCCACAACAUUUCAGAUUGUCAGCUCUCUCAGGCAAUAUGUCCACAUUCUGAAUGGAACAGCUGUCAUAUCUUUGCUCCAGCCAGCACCCGAGACUUACGACCUUUUCGACGACAUUAUCUUAAUUUCUGAUGGCCAAGUUGUUUACCAUGGCCCUCGUGAAUAUGUUCUGGACUUCUUUGAAUCCAUGGGUUUCAGAUGUCCCGAGAGGAAAGGUGUUGCUGACUUCCUUCAAGAAGUGACAUCCAAGAAAGAUCAAGCACAAUACUGGGUGCGCAGAGAUCAACCAUACAGAUUUGUGACAGUUGGUCAAUUUGCUGAGGCAUUUCAAUCAUUCCAUAUUGGUAGGAAACUUGGACAGGAGCUUGCAGUUCCAUUUGACAGGACUAAGAGCCACCCUGCUGCAUUAACCACCAAGCAGUAUGGCAUCAACAAGAAGGAGCUGUUAAAGGCUAACUUCUCAAGGGAGUAUUUGCUUAUGAAAAGGAAUUCAUUUGUUUACAUCUUCAAGCUAUGUCAGCUUUCUGUCAUGGCGUUAAUUGCAUUGACACUAUUUUUCCGGACGGAGAUGCACCGUGAUAAUAUAGAUGAUGCGGGUGUUUAUGCUGGUGCUAUAUUUUUCACACUAGUAAUGAUUAUGUUCAAUGGACUGGCUGAAAUUUCUAUGACCAUUGCUAAGCUUCCUGUUUUCUACAAGCAACGGAAUCUUCUAUUUUUUCCCUCUUGGGCAUAUGCUAUUCCUUCGUGGAUUCUCAAGAUUCCCGUUACCUUAGUGGAGGUUGGUCUUUGGGUAUUCCUGACCUACUAUGUUAUUGGAUUUGAUCCAAAUGUUGGGAGGCUAUUUAAGCAGUACCUAGUGUUAAUUUUUGUUAGUCAGAUGGCUUCUGGGUUAUUCCGAGCUAUUGCAGCACUGGGUAGAAACAUGAUUGUCGCCAACACAUUUGGGUCAUUUGCAGUUCUCACGCUUCUUGCAUUGGGUGGUUUCAUUUUGUCAAAAAGCGAUAUCAAAAGAUGGUGGAUUUGGGGUUUCUGGAUUUCACCUUUGAUGUAUGGGCAGAAUGCUUUGUUGGGCAAUGAAUUUCUUGGAAACAAUUGGCACAACGAUAGCUACAAUUUAGGAGUUGAAUAUCUUAACUCCCGCGCGUUCUUCACAGAUUCAAAUUGGUAUUGGAUAGGUUUUGGGGCACUGGUUGGAUUUGUGCUCAUUUUGAACGUGAUGUUUGGCCUUGCUCUCGAAUUCCUUGACCCAUUUGAUAAGCCACAAGCAACAAUAACUGAAGAAACGCCAGAAGAAACUACCCUUAACGAAGGAACCCUAGCAGAAGUUGAAUUACCACGCAGAGAAAGAUCAGGAAGAAGUGGUUCUGUUGUGGAGUCAAGCCACGGAAAGAAAAAGGGAAUGGUGCUUCCUUUUGAACCACAUUCUAUCACCUUUGAUGAAAUCGUAUACUCUGUUGACAUGCCACAGGAAAUGAAGCAACAAGGUGUACAAGAGGACAAACUGGUGCUUUUGAAGGGUGUUAGUGGUGCAUUCAGGCCCGGUGUUCUCACGGCUUUGAUGGGUGUAAGUGGUGCUGGUAAAACUACUUUGAUGGAUGUUUUGGCUGGUAGGAAAACCGGUGGAUAUAUUGAAGGAAGCAUCAAAAUUUCUGGGUACCCUAAGAAGCAAGCAACAUUUGCUCGUGUCUCUGGAUACUGUGAGCAAAACGAUAUCCACUCACCUCAUGUUACAGUUUUCGAAUCACUCCUAUACUCGGCAUGGCUCCGUUUACCUUCAAGUGUUGAUUCCAAAACUAGAAAGAUGUUCAUUGAGGAAGUCAUGGAACUGGUGGAGCUGAACCCAUUAAGGAACUCGCUGGUUGGACUGCCCGGUGUGAGUGGUCUCUCUACUGAACAGAGAAAGAGGCUGACUAUUGCGGUUGAAUUGGUGGCUAACCCGUCCAUAAUUUUCAUGGAUGAGCCUACUUCUGGGUUGGAUGCAAGAGCUGCUGCUAUUGUCAUGAGAACAGUCAGGAACACUGUCGACACUGGAAGAACUGUUGUGUGCACCAUCCAUCAGCCCAGCAUCGACAUAUUUGAAGCAUUUGAUGAGCUAUUCCUAAUGAAGCGUGGUGGACAGGAAAUAUAUGUCGGGCCACUGGGUCGUCAUUCUAGUCAUCUGAUCAAGUAUUUUGAGAGCAUUGAUGGGGUGAGCAAAAUCAAAGACGGAUAUAACCCGGCUACUUGGAUGUUGGAGGUUACAACCACCGCACAAGAACUUAGUUUGGGUGUUGAUUUUACUGACUUGUACAAGAACUCUGAUUUAUAUAGGAGAAACAAGCAACUUAUACAAGAACUGAGUCAGCCUGCUCCCGGUUCAAAGGAUCUUCAUUUCCCUACUCAAUACUCUCAGUCAUUCUUGGUCCAAUGUCAAGCUUGCCUAUGGAAACAACGUUGGUCAUAUUGGCGUAAUCCACCAUACACUUCUGUGAGGUUUUUCUUCACUACUUUCAUAGCCAUAAUGUUUGGAACGAUGUUCUGGGACCUCGGAGGCAAAUACUCAACCCGAGGAGAACUGAUGAACGCUAUAGGCUCAAUGUACACUGCUGUUCUCUUCCUUGGAGUACAAAAUUCUUCCUCCGUACAGCCAGUGGUGGCAGUUGAAAGGACUGUCUUUUACAGAGAAAAGGCUGCCGGAAUGUAUUCUGCCUUACCCUAUGCAUUUGCACAGAUGUUGGUAGAGCUACCCUAUAUCUUUUUUCAAGCGGUGACAUACGGUGUAAUAGUUUAUGCCAUGAUCGGAUUUGAGUGGACUGCAGAGAAAUUCUUUUGGUACCUAUUUUUCAUGUACUUCACACUGUUGUACUUCACCUUCUAUGGCAUGAUGACUGUGGGAGUGACACCAAACCACCAUGUUGCUUCCAUCGUGGCUGCUGCAUUUUAUGCAGUUUGGAAUCUCUUCUCAGGAUUUGUUGUCUCAAGACCUAACAUCCCAGUGUGGUGGAGAUGGUACUAUUGGGCUUGCCCGGUGGCUUGGACCUUAUAUGGAUUGGUUGGAUCCCAGUUUGGAGAUAUAACGGUGGAAAUGUUGAAUGAAAGUGGGAAGACUGUGAAAGCUUUCAUAGAGGACAGUUAUGGUAUCGAACAUGACUUCAUCGGAGUUGCUGCUGUUGUGGUCGCUGGCGUUGCGGUUCUCUUUGCAGUUAUUUUUGCUGUUGCAAUCAAGACCUUUAACUUCCAAAAGAGAUAG